CGGGGCCCGGCGGGGGGCGUCCGAGCUGGGCGCCCUCCCCCGGCGCUGAGCCCCCGCGCCCCGAAGGGAUGGGGCGGGCGACUACGGCCGCCUAAGAUGCCGGCCAUGCGGGGGCUCCUGGCGCCGCAGAACACCUUUCUGGACACCAUCGCUACGCGCUUCGACGGCACGCACAGUAACUUCGUGCUGGGCAAUGCCCAGGUGGCGGGGGUCUUCCCCGUGGUCUACUGCUCAGAUGGCUUCUGCGAUCUCACUGGCUUCUCCCGGGCUGAGGUCAUGCAGCGGGGCUGUGCCUGUUCCUUCCUCUACGGGCCAGACACUAGUGAGCUCGUCCGUCAGCAGAUCCGUAAGGCCCUGGACGAGCACAAGGAAUUCAAGGCUGAGCUGAUCCUGUAUCGGAAGAGUGGGCUCCCAUUCUGGUGUCUCCUGGAUGUGAUACCCAUAAAGAAUGAAAAAGGAGAGGUGGCCCUUUUCCUGGUCUCGCACAAGGACAUCAGUGACACCAAGAACCGAGGGGGACCCGACAACUGGAAGGAGACAGGUGGUGGCCGGCGCCGAUAUGGACGAACAGGCUCCAAAGGCUUCAAUGCAAACCGGCGGCGGAGCCGAGCUGUGCUCUACCACCUGUCUGGACACCUGCAGAAGCAGCCCAAGGGCAAACACAAGCUCAAUAAGGGGGUGUUUGGGGAGAAGCCAAACCUGCCUGAGUACAAAGUAGCUGCUAUCCGGAAGUCACCCUUCAUCCUGCUGCACUGCGGCGCACUGCGGGCCACCUGGGAUGGCUUCAUCCUGCUCGCCACACUCUAUGUGGCCGUCACUGUGCCCUACAGCGUGUGUGUGAGCACAGCCCGAGAGCCCAGCGCUGCCCGUGGCCCUCCCAGCGUCUGUGAUCUAGCCGUGGAGGUUCUCUUCAUCCUUGACAUCGUACUGAAUUUCCGUACCACGUUUGUGUCCAAGUCAGGGCAGGUAGUGUUUGCCCCAAAGUCCAUUUGCCUUCACUACGUCACCACCUGGUUCCUGCUGGACGUCAUCGCGGCGCUGCCCUUUGACCUGCUACAUGCCUUCAAAGUCAAUGUGUAUUUUGGGGCCCACCUGCUGAAGACUGUGCGGCUGCUGCGGCUGCUGCGGCUGCUGCCACGGCUGGACCGAUACUCCCAGUACAGCGCUGUGGUACUGACCCUGCUGAUGGCUGUGUUCGCCCUGCUUGCCCACUGGGUGGCCUGCGUCUGGUUCUACAUUGGCCAGCGGGAGAUCGAGAGCAGUGAAUCCGAGCUGCCUGAGAUUGGCUGGCUGCAGGAGCUGGCCCGCCGCCUAGAGACCCCCUACUACCUGGUGGGCCGGAAUCCAGAUGGAGGAAACAGCUCUGUCCAGAAUGACAACUGCAGCAGCAGCAGCACUGAGGCCAACGGGACGGUGCUGGAGCUCCUGGGUGGCCCGUCCCUGCGCAGCGCCUACAUCACCUCGCUUUACUUCGCGCUCAGCAGCCUCACCAGCGUGGGCUUUGGCAAUGUGUCCGCCAACACGGACACAGAGAAGAUCUUCUCCAUCUGUACCAUGCUCAUUGGCGCCCUGAUGCACGCGGUGGUGUUUGGGAACGUGACAGCUAUCAUCCAGCGCAUGUACGCCCGCCGCUUUCUGUAUCACAGCCGUACCCGAGACCUGCGUGACUACAUCCGCAUCCAUCGCAUCCCCAAGCCCCUCAAGCAGCGCAUGCUCGAGUACUUCCAGGCCACCUGGGCCGUGAACAAUGGCAUCGACACCACUGAGCUGCUGCAGAGUCUCCCAGAUGAGCUGCGUGCAGACAUUGCCAUGCACCUGCACAAGGAGGUCUUGCAACUGCCCCUGUUUGAGGCGGCCAGCCGCGGCUGCCUGAGGGCCCUGUCCCUGGCCCUGAGGCCCGCCUUCUGUACACCCGGAGAGUACCUCAUUCACCAAGGCGAUGCUCUCCAGGCCCUCUACUUCGUCUGCUCCGGCUCCAUGGAGGUGCUCAAGGGUGGCACUGUGCUCGCCAUCCUAGGGAAGGGUGAUCUGAUUGGCUGCGAGCUGCCCAGGCGGGAGCAGGUGGUAAAGGCCAAUGCCGACGUGAAGGGGCUGACGUACUGCGUCUUGCAGUGUCUGCAGCUGGCAGGACUCCAUGAGAGCCUCGCACUGUACCCUGAGUUUGCCCCACGCUUCAGCCGUGGCCUCCGUGGGGAGCUCAGCUACAACCUGGGUGCUGGGGGAGGCCCUGGGGAGGCAGAUACCAGCUCCCUGAGCGGAGACAACACCCUGAUGUCCACACUGGAGGAGAAGGAGACGGAUGGGGAGCAGGGCCCUGCGGUCUCCCCAGCCACUGCUGAUGAGCCCUCCAGCCCCCUGCUGUCUCCUGGCUGCACCUCCUCAUCCUCGGCUGCCAAGCUGCUUUCCCCACGGCGAGCUGCACCUCGGCCUCGUCUAGGCGGCAGAGGGCGACCGGGCAGGGCAGCAGCGCCCAAGGCUGAGGCCGGCCCCUCUGCCCACCCACGGAGCCUAGAGGGACUUCGGCUGCCCUCCAUGCCAUGGAAUGUGCCUCCUGAUCUGAGUCCAAGGGUUGUAGAUGGCAUUGAGGAUGGCUGUGGCUCCGAUCAACCCAAGUUCUCCUUCCGAGUGGGGCAGUCUGGCCCAGAAUGUAGCAGCAGCCCCUCCCCAGGACCAGAGAAUGGCCUACUCACUGUCCCCCUUGGACCCAGCGAAAUGAGGAAUGCAGACACACUGGACAAGCUUCGGCAGGCGGUGAUGGAGCUGUCUGAGCAGGUACUGCAGAUGCGGGAGGGCCUGCAAUCACUCCGCCAGGCGGUGCAGCUGGUCCUGGUGCCCCACGGGGAAGGGUUGUGCCCAGCCAGCGCCUCUGGACUCUUGCAGCCUCUGUGUGUGGACACUGGGGCAUCGUCCUACUGCCUGCAGCCCCCAGCUGGCUCCGUCUUAAGUGGAACCUGGCCACACCCUCGCCCAGGGCCCCCUCCUAUCAUGGCACCCUGGCCCUGGGGCCCCCCAGCCUCUCAGAGCUCUCCCUGGCCUAGAGCCUCGACUUUCUGGACCUCCACCUCAGACUCAGAGCCCCCUGGAUCAGAACUCUGCCCCGAACCCAGCACCCCUGAGUCACCUCCCCCUUCUGAGGAAGGGGCUAGGACUGGGCCCCUCGAGACCAUGAGCCAGGCUGAGGCCACUAGCACUGGAGAACCCCCACCUGAGCCUGGUGGCCUGGCCUUGCCCUGGGACCCCCAUAAUUUGGAGAUGGUGCUUAUUGGCUGCCAUGGCUCUGGCACGGUCCAGUGGACCCAGGAAGAAGGCACUGGGGUCUGA